AUGAAGUUCACCCUCGCUCUCGUUGCCGCCGGCCUCGUCGCCGCUCAGGACUUCUCUGGCCAGCCCGAGUGUGCCAUCCCGUGUCUGCGCGAUGCCAUCCCCCAGGUCGGCUGCGCCCUGACCGACACCGCUUGCCAGUGCACCCCGGCGACGCAGCAGGCCCUCGUCCCCGUCGCCGCCUCCUGCCUGCUUGCCGCCUGCAACUCGGCCGACCUCGGCAGGGCCCAGGCCGCCGCCGCCGCCGCCUGCUCCGCCUUCCAGGCCACCGCCGGUUCUGCCCAGCCCACCGCCUCUGCUUCCGGUGCUGUUUCCUCUGCCGCCGCCUCGCCCUCGGCCUCCGUCUCGGCCUCCGUCUCGGCCGCUGUUUCCUCUGCUGUCGCUUCCGUCAGCGCGUCCGCCAGCGCCGCCCUGUCCUCCGCCUCCGCCGCGGUCACCUCUGCCCUCAACGGCACCGCCGCGGUCAGCAGCGCCACCCUGACCGCCUCGCGCACCGCUUCCACCGCCAACCCCUCCGGCACUGGCGCCAGUGCCAGCACCACCACUGCUGCCUCCACCAACGCCGCUGCUCAGGGCUCCGUUGCCGUCGGUGGUCUGGCCCUCGCCGCCAUCGCCGGCAUCGUUGCCGUCCUGUAA